CGUGAAAAAUUGCCUAAAGUUCUCCCCCUUUGAAAAUAACUCUGAAGUAAGACCAUUCUCAUUUCCCCUUAAUCACACCGCUAACACCAUUCUCUGAAUACAACACCAUUGCCUCGGUUGCCCGAGUUCCUCUUUGUCACUGCCGUUCGAUGGUCACCUGAGUUCCACCUUGUCACCGCCGUUCGAUCGUUGUCCUUCGAGUUCCACCUUGUCACCGUUGUUGGAUCGUGAUUCCACCUUGUCAGUGCUGUUCGGUCGUUGUCCUACGUGUUCCACACUGUCACCGCCGUUGGGUCACUGCAAGCAAUAUGUUUGGAAGGAUGCCUGAAAGAAUACAAGUACCUUUUCUUAGAGUCAUUUGACUCUUGUUUUACUUGCUUGGAAGGUGACUUACUUUUGGCACAAUGCGUUGUAGAUCUUUGGAGCUACUUUAUUGUGGAAACCAUUUUAUUAAGACCAAUAAGUUUGCACUUCUACAACCUGAACUCAAUGUUUUUAUCACACUUCAAAAGAUGCUCUCAGCCUGCAAUGGUAUCAGAAUGAGUUUUCCCAAGGUGAAGGAAUUGACCCUUUACUAGCACAUGUGGAUGCAGUUAAUGGUAGCCUCAUUGAUGUAAAGAAUAAUUCAACCCUUUUUGAUGAUGACAUUGAGCGUGACAUGUGUACCUCAAGUCCCUUGUUCGUGGGUAUGUUGGGUCCGCAUUUGUUCAGCACAAAAUGAAACAUGUUAUGACCUCUUUGUUUUAAUGCAAAACAUGAAUCUUUUACCCCUUUUGGUAAGCAAUGAAAGAGAGCCUAUUGUGUUGAUUCACUAACUAAAGUGAGCAACUUUCUAGUGUUCUGCCCAACAAGUGGAAGUUGGUUCGUCACAAGUGUGCUCCCCAGGUUACUCAGUAUCACAUAUGGACUGGUGCACUUAAAGAAGUUCUGAAUGGUUUUGCAGUUGAUUUGGAUUGUUUGUCUUCUGGGGCUUAAAUAACGAUGCUUUUUGGGCGGCCCAAAUUGUUCAUAGCUGUUUGAACUUUCUGACUGAAAUUGGUGUCUUUUCGGAUCCCGGCCUUCUUCAUGGAUGAAGCUUUCAUCUUCUAAAAUGUUUGAUUUCGGUGACCCACAAAAUGGGAAGAUGUUCUUGUGAUGUUCAAUGAUCUUAUUGAAUGCUGUAAAAAGGAAACAAGGUUGAAGUUGCAUGUAGCUAAGGCUGAGAUCAUGAAGGAGGGGCUUUUGCACAUAAGGGAUGUUUCAGUUGACAACAGUGUUGGAUAUAAGGAAGCUCAGCAUCAAGAAAGCCUUGUGAGGAAGAAGCUUUCCAAAAUGUUGGGUCACUCCUCUCGCUGCUUAUUCACUUUAUUACUGUAUUACCUCUAUGGAAGGGUGGUAGAUAUUGAAGUAGACAUGUGUGGUGGGGUCUAUGCAAAUGGAAGUAAUGGCAAGUUUUGCUUGUUUAUGGGAAGAAUCCUGACUUCAGAUAGUGAGAAGAUGAUUGGGCGUGGUGUGAAGCAGUUGGACCGGGCACUAGGGAUUUUCAAGUUUGUGUGGGAAAUGGCUGAAAUGAAAGGGCAUUUGGACUUGCAGGGCCAUAUGUGGUGUGUUGGAGCAGACAGUAGAAUUCUUAGGUAUAGAGGUAACACUUACUUUGUGCAUGGAAUUUGCCUUUGAAUAGAGAUUAUUGUAUCACUGCAUCAUCUGAUCGUACUUCAUGGCGCUAAUAUGUCCCCACUUAGCAGUUGCCUAAGAAAACCAAUUUUUAUAAUGUGUUAAGGUAAUUCAAUCAAAACUCAGAAAUUUUCUUA